UACGACCCAGUUUACACAAACCUUUGUGCCGCAUUCGUUUCCGGGCGGCGAAAAUAAAUAUCCUAAGAUAUUAAAUAUGAAAAAUUGCACGUUUUUGCUCAGUUUUUUGGUAAUUUUUAACAGCAUCGAGAGUCGCCGAGGAAUGACGUCAGGACGUAGCACAUUGAAUGAUGACGCCGUUUGAUCAUUAAAAAAAAAUCUGCCGUUAAAAAAUAUCAGAGAAUUGGGUCAGCAAAGCGAGUACGGCUCCGGCGGACCUGCUCUGGAUGUAAUAGCCGUGGCUUUGUUUCAGUAAGUUUGUAAAGGCGUGGUUGUGGCUGGAAAUACCUGCUCCGAAACGGGAGAGAUGUCCGGUGUUUUCAGCAUCUGCAGACAGAAGCUGUAGACCCGAGUCUCGUCGAUUCCGUCUGUCUGCCCUGCCUCCCGCCGCUGGUUUUUGGAGACCCGCAAGCCGAAAUACUGCAGUCCCGGCCGGGCUGCGGGGAGACGACUAGCCGGGGGUAGGAGAGACAACGACGGAUACCAACAGACAGAAGCCGGCGGCUGCUGUGCCGAGACCCAGGAAAUCAGUCUGCUCGUCUCGGCAGGCUGGUAGCAACACUGUGCACAUUUCAGUAGUUACAAAAUACAUCAGUUGAGGACUUGAGCAUGUGAACUCAACCACCCAAGACUGGUGAGUCUCGUCCCUUCGGUCGCAGAUCUUCUUUACCCUGAGUAGAAGUUACCAGAGUUUAGUUAAAGGAUGUCGAGCCGCCGGAAGUCGACCACGCCCUGCAUGGUGCUGCCCUCCGAUGUCGUGGAGCAGGAGGAGGUAGAGGAGAGAAUAGAGAGGACCAGGGAGGAGGAGGCAGAGGAGGAGGCGAAGAUGAAGGAGGGAGUAGAGGAGGGCCCGACAGCGGAGGAGCUGGGUGAGGCUGUCGUGGUGGUUCCUACCCCGCCAGACACAGAUGAGCCCAGCCUCCCUACAGUAGAAGACAGCAUCGUCCUCCGUGCAUCCCUAAAACGGAGUGCCACAAACCCUCUGGAGGAUCCAAACAGUGAUCAGCCAAUCCCAGAACAACAGUGCGACACGCCCGAGGAGGGAGGGGAAGACCCUGCGGCUGUGUCCGCCAUCUCUCUCAGCAAGACCCCCAUCAUGAAGAUGAAGAGCAAAUCUGAACCCAAGAGGAUAGCUGUGUCCCUGAAAUCAGCGGACGAGGCGAUGGAGGGUUUGGGGGGAGGCGGUGAGGGAGAAGAGGGAGGAGAGCAGGAGCCCAUUGAGGCUCCUUUGGGUCCAAUGACACCUGUUGAGAUGUUUCUCCAUGACUCCAUGAAGUUAGGAGGAGGAGGAGGUUUGCUGGUCAACCUGCCCUCAGAGCAGCAGAAGAAAUCUUCCAUGCUCAACCCCACUGUCCUGCCUGCUGGCCUGGCACAGGUGCUGUCAGCUCUCCAGGCCCAGCAGAGCGCAGCAGCAGCGCAGCCCCAGCUCCUAAUUCCCCUCAGCAGCAUCCCAUCCUACAGCGCGGCCAUGGACACCAACCCUCUGCUGGGCAACACAUACAAGAAGUUUCCUUAUCCCUCCAUGGCUGAGAUCACCACCUUAGCCGCACAGACCCAGUUCACAGAGGAGCAGAUCAAGGUGUGGUUCUCAGCCCAGCGGCUGAAGCACGGUGUCAGCUGGACUCCAGAGGAGGUGGAGGAAGCCAGGAGGAAGCAGUUUAACGGCACAGUGCACACAGUGCCGCAGACCAUCACAGUCAUACCUGCUCACCACCUGUCAGCAGCUGCCAACGGCCUGCAGUCCAUCCUGCAGACCUGCCAGAUAGUGGGCCAGCCAGGCCUGGUGUUCACACAGGUCGGCCCAGGUGGCAACCUUCCAGUGACCAGUCCCAUCACCCUGACUGUGGCAGGGCUGCCCAGCCAGUCCCAGAGCUCCAAGGGAGCUUCCUGCCAGCCCACCGCAGGGAGCAGUGAGCUGAAACGGGCUACCACUGUCCAGCCACCCUCCCUUUCUCCACAGGAGAACUCGGCUCUCAGUGCGGACACAUUCAGUAUGCGGCCUAAGAAGUCCAAAGAGCAGCUGGCAGAGCUCAAAGCCAGCUACCUGAAAAACCACUUUGCUAGUGAUGCUGAAAUCGCCCGUUUGAUGAAGCUCACCAACCUGACGAAAGGAGAGAUCAAGAAGUGGUUCAGUGACACCAGAUAUAACCAGCGCAACUCAAAGAAUAGCCACGUCAUUGUCUUCAAUGAUGGAGGGGGAGGUAGCAGAGGAAGUGGCAGCUUUAGCAGCAGUUCUAACGCCACCAUCGUCAUUGAUUCAAGCGACGAGACCCCCACAUCUCCCCAUCCUCCCCGCACGCCUCCCGUAAAGGAGAAGGAGACGCGUCCUAAAACUUGGAACCCAUUCCCAGACUUCACCUUGCAGAAGUUUAAGGAGAAGACGCCAGAGCAGCUGGUCGUUCUGGAGGAGAGUUUUGAGAAAAGCAGCACCCCGUCAGAUGAGGAACUGAGUCGACUCAGGACAGAGACCAAACUGACGCGCAGAGAGAUUGAUGCCUGGUUCACCGAGAGGCGAAAGAUGCCACCUGCUACCGCUUCCUCCUCCGAUUCUGCUGAGACAGGGAAGAUGGAGACAGAGGGAUCAAAAGGAGGAGAAGGUGGAGGAACUGGAGGAGGAGUGGGCUCUUCUCCUUCUUCCUCAUCUUCUCGAAAAGGUAGCCAGACUCCUCCUGGAAGUCGCAGUAAGCAGCUGCCCACAACCAGCAGCGGCAAUAAAGACAUCAAAGAUAAAAGUAAAAAGUCUCCUGAGCAGCUCCAUGUUCUGAAGAGUGCCUUUGUGCGGACCCAGUGGCCCACAGCAGAGGAGUAUGACCGGCUGGCAGAGGAGAGUGGCCUUCCAAGGUCAUACAUUGUCAACUGGUUUGGAGACUCUCGCUACUCCUGGAAAAAUGGCAACUUGAAGUGGUUCUUCCAGUACCAGAGUGGCGGUGUUGAGGGGCUGAAUGGCGGAGGAGGCAAUAAGGCAGGAACCGGCAGCGGCAGCAACAGUCGCAAGAGGCGUGUCCGAAACCGUGGCUGGGGGCGGUCACGCACCAGGAAGCAGCCAAAGAGGUCUGCCUCCUCCAGAUCAGAGGCCACCAGGUCUCCCCCAUCAGUGAAAUUCAAGAGUGGGCGGGAAAUCCUCAAGGAGUACUACCUGAAGCACCGCUUCCUCAAUGAGCAAGACCUGGAUGAGCUCGUCACCAAGAGCAACAUGAGCUACGAACAGGUAAGGGAGUGGUUUGCCAAGGUCCAGAGCCAUGUGGACAUGGGGAUGGAUCCUUUUGAAGAGCCUGGUCCAGAGAGGAUGGAUGGAGAGGAAGGAGAGGAGGAUGGAGAUGAGACGCAGGGAGAAGCAGCAAUGGCCACUGAAGAGCAGGGCGCUACAUCGAUGGGAGAUGAAGAUGAUGAUGAAGAAGAAGAUGAUGAAGACAACGGUGAUGAUUCGGAUGACAGCGAGGUUUGGGAACCAUCACGCAGCGUCAGGAAAUCCUUGUCAGGCUCUGAGGACUAGUGGCAGUGAGAAACCGGAGUCUGUUCAACACGUUAAAACAUUACAAAGUGUUGCAAAUAGAAAAAAUCAAUAGUGGAAGUGCUGAGACAGCUGAGGUUAGUCUUUAGCUAUCAGUUGUACCAUGAAUUCACCAUAUUGUCACAAUAAAUGUGAAUAACUUUAACAUGAGGCUUACAGAUGGAGUAUUAGCUUUAGCUCACUGUCCCAAUACUAUUGACUAAUGCUGUGGACUGUAUGUAGGAUGUAACAGAGCAGAGUCAUUGUAGGGAUUCUCAAAUCUUGAAUAGCACACCAAACGACAAAUCCAAAAAAAAAAAAAAAAAAAAAAAAAUAGAUCAUAUUUCAUCACCAGUGUAUUAUAAAAGAAAACCAUCUUGAACAUUGCCAGAGGGUGGAUCAGACCUAGUUUCCUUGUAUAAGAAUAACCGAGAAGCUGCUUGGCAGUUGAAAUAGUUCCUGGAAAGGACAGGGAGUCACACGCCCUCUUUUUGAAGCAAUUGUUGAAUGCAGACUGUUAUUAAGUAGAGAUUUUAGGAGGAGUUUGUGGUUUACAUGCCCACCACCCCCCUUGUGAAAUUUGCACUCAUUGCUUGCUGAAAGUCAGCAAGACAGGCAGAUUGAGCAGUGCUGCCUUUUCAGUACGACUCUAGAAUGGUGCAGAGUACUCCCUGAGUACGAGUGUUUGUUAUGCCUUUGUUGUUAGGAUGGACUUAAAUCAGUGUCGCUAAUAGCCUGCAUUUUGAUCUCCAACAUAACCAACACUUCCCCCUUAAACUCUUGAGUAUUUGUGGUGCUUUUAAGGGUGCUGAAAUGCUUAUAUAGAUCUUACAGCAAGACAUUACAGCUGCACAAUGGCCCUUGUGAAAACACACAAUGUACACCUUGUUCACUUCUAGCAUAGCUGGUUGUGGAGCUGGUUGAUUUUUACUGUUAACCCUUCAUUUAACAUAUAGACAAAUAAUAUAUAGCACCUGUGUAGUGUGUCAUAAGGACCCAACGUUUAUCAGCACUGAAAGUCACAUUGGCCUGAAGAGUUGAUUGACCUGGCAUGGAUUGAUGAUGCCAUUUAAAGUCAGUCUUUUGAAGUGUUUAGAUCUCAGCCUAACAAAAAGAUGAGACAAAGUCCAAUAACGUUGAAUGAAUGCCAUGAAAGAAUUUACUCUUUAAAAUUAUGCUUUUAAAUAACGCAGGAUGUGUACUCAAAGUCUUCCCUUUAUUACUGCUGAUUGUUAUACUGCUAUAUACAUUAUAUUAUUGGUGCACACAGAAUGUGUUACUAUUGUUGCUAUUAUUAUUGAUUUUAUUUUAGCUGAGCACCCACAGAUUUAAAGAAAACAAAUACAAUGUAUUAAAUAUGCAUUGCUCUUUACAUAUUUUUUCAACACAUUUCUCACCCUCCAGAUAUUGGAGAACACAUCCUGUGCUAUUAUUACCUGUUUAAAGAGGUUUGUGUUGAUUCAGACAGUGUGAGAAACUGUUGUGCCAAAGUCAAAUUAGUGAAUGUGUUGUCUUCUAAGAUGUGAGGAGCUGCAGCUGUGGCAGAGAUAGAUUGUGAACCGAAUGAUGGCCACUGUGAGGCAGACCUAUGAGUCCUCUGAUCAUUGAAAUACUUCACCGCAGUGUUUCUCUCAAAGAUUUCUGUUCAGUGGGCUUCAGAAACUGGACUUUAAAGUGAAACCAGUGCUAAAAGUCUUACAUUAUGUUGUUUCCCAGUUUGGGAUUGUGAAUAUUACAGCAUCACCAACAUCUUCCCCUGAGGUCUAGGCUCACUGGAACAUUUUGCUGCUUAUCAGAAACAGGCCUGCAAAUAUCUUGGGUCCUGACCCAUACUAAUAGAAGCACUGUGUAACAGUAUUUCAAAUAGCAUUACUGAUUCAAGUCUGCAGUGAGAAGCAAAAAGUGAAGCACCUAAACGAAAAUAACCAUGCACUUUGUCCACUUCUGUAUGUAGUGGAAUAAAUCCUGAUUAGGCACCUUAAUCUCUUAUUAUACCAUGAAAUGGCUCUGAGAGACCAAAUCUGUUUUAUAUGACUAAACUAAACCAGUAUUUUGCCUUUUUUAGCCUUGCUGUGUUUUCAGGAGGAGGAAUAAUACCAAUUUCCCUACUUUUAUAAUAAUAUAUAUUGCUCGUGAGUUGGAUGUUUAUAUGGCUCAAAAACUUCUAGAACAGUUGCCCUGUUUUUUCUUUUCCUUUUCUUUUCUUUUUUUUAGUAAAUUUCCCAGUGUGAGUCCCAUUUUGAAACUGUGCACCUUUUCAAAAUGUGCAUGUGUUUAAUUUGGCAUUUUGUUUUGUAUUGUUGCUUUAACACAAGGGACUUCUCCCCUAUCACUGUUUUUGCUGCCUCCAUGUCCGCAGUACCCCCCGCCCUUUCCCCUCUCCUCCAAUCCGCUAUUGUAAUAUUCAUGCCAAGUUUAAAGAUAUGCACUUCCCGGAGAUGGAUUUCUACAUGUGUUUGCAGUGUCCUGUUGGCUGUCUGUCUUCUGAAGCUAUGAACACACAGGCAGACAGACAGAGAGGGCGAUAGGGACAUUUCCAACGGAUAAACCUUUGACCUGUUCAAUUUGGACAUUAGACAUUGUUUGGGUAUCCUCUUUGUGGAAAAAAAAAAACAUGUUCGAAAUUUGUUGCAAUGCCUGAAGGAACAGCACAGCAAUGUGGUGGGAAGUCUACCAAAUACUGUUUUUCUCACUAACUAUUCUCACCACACUUUACUGUAAGACGGCGAAGAGGACAGACUGAAAGCUGUCCCAACUGCACUUCACCGAGAGUGGAUGGACACCGAUGAAGCUUUGAAAAGAUAAACCUAUGUGCCUACAUGGCUGUUGCGCUUGAUGGAGCAGAUUUCCACCGACUCUUGACAGAUGAUGAGGGAGAAAGGGUGAAUCAUUCUCACAUCAGAUAUUGUUGGGUAAUAUCUUCAUUCUGUAUGGAGGGCUUGUUCAAACUAAGUUGUGAUGCAUGACUGAGCUCUGCUUUCUGCUGAUGCUAAAAGACGCCUGGAUACUCUGAAGCUGACAUUGGAUACUUCUGCUGUAUGUCCUUAAUCAGAUAUCUUGGCAUUUAGGAUUUUAUUGUAUUUCCUCACCAGGCACUUGUCACAAUCUACAAAAAAUGCCUUGUAUUGGCACCUUUAGUUAUCUGAAAAGCAUCUCAUGAGUAUUGUUAGACUUCCUCAUUCAAAACAAUGUGUUUUGCUAGCUAACUACCUAUAUUUCCAAAGGCGUUGCCUAUGUCUUUCAGUGAUGAAUGCUAAAAGAAAAAUGAAUUUUUACAGCUGAAAGACAGUUGUUUAAUCCUUUACACUGUUGUGUGACAAGUGCCUGGCCAUUAAAAAUAACAGACUGAAAUUCAAAAUGUUAAGGUAUACCUUUAAUCUAGUACUGCAUGCAAUAACCAAGAUGAUCAACUGCUCAUUUUGUACAUACAGUAUUGGGGCUGGUAUACUUGGCACAGGGCAAGCCUAGUCUAGACUAACUAAGUAUUCUCUAUGUAGCUUUCAUAAUACCAUUUACUGUAAUAAGGAUUUCAGUACCAAGUUUACAGCAGUCUCUAUAUAUGGUGGCUAAUUGUGUUUUGUCCCCCCCUUGCUUCCCAGGUCUGGUUUGUGUCGACUUAUUAUUGAAGCCAACUGCCACUGUUUGACUGGAGGGGCUUCUUUCACUUUCAUUGGCUAAGCUUGGUUGUGCAUUUCAGAUGUUUAACUCAACAGCUGAGGAAUCCCUUGCCUAGACUUGAUGUCACACCUACUACCUGAAAUGUGCCCUUUCGUAAGCAACUGGUUCAUGUAACUUGGGGAAAGCUCAGUGUGUAUUUUUGAAGCCGGUCCUCCUUGUGCUUAAGUCUUUGCUGCGUACUGGUUCUCCACAUUCAGUUCUUAUUAGUCCAUAUAGACAAGGCUUUAUCCUUCCCCAGGUAUCCAGCCCUGUGGUCUUUUACAGUGUGCUCUCUCUAUAUUACUAGACGGUCUGUUUUAAAUGGUUUUAUAUGUUUCUAUCUAUGAAAAUCAUGUCAUUACAUCUCUGCCCAGGCAUCAAUGGAUUGCUUGUUAACAAUGCAGAUUCAUACAGUAUGUACAGUAGAGUAGUGAUUUUGAAAUAGAUUCAGUUUUAGAGUUCAGUCAGUGUUGCCCACGUGGCUUUUUGGUGCUUUGGUUGCACUGUGUGCAAAUAUUAUAGAAUCAGAACUCAAUAGAAAAGACAUGCCAGGAGUGGAACGAGCCGGAGAGCAGCUGACUGGUGCCUGUGUGUGGAGUAGCAGCUUGAGCCACUGUGACGUGCAGACCUAGGCAACAUAUUGUGACAGCCACGGCUCUUGUACUGCUAAGGAUUUUUGUCCGAUUUUGAGACUCCAUGUAGUGUCUGCUAAGACACAGUAAAUGAACCUGAAGUGGCCUUUUAAAAGCAUAAUCAGCAGCUAUUCAAAUUGCAGGUUUUUGUUAUAACAGUGCACAUCUCACUAAAAUCUGUUCAAUUUUGAGUUACUUUAAAGAAAUCACCAGCAUUGAUGAGGUGACGAGGCACUGAUUUCGUUACUUUAAAUUCAACAGUGAAUAUUCAGUCCAGCUCACGUGAGUGAUAGGCCUAUUGGUAAUCAAAUCCGCGUGGUCCUAUUUUAAUUUAUGUUACUGUCUAAUUUCAGCGUCAAAAGUCCGUGUACUCUAGAGCUUUACCCCACAUUCAGCUGUAUCCUGAGGUGCCAUGUCUGCUCCAUGAGUUCUGAUUUUAUAUCCAACACUCAUCAUGUAUCCCAGUUAACCUUGUGCAGUAGAGCUAAGAGCUAACAUUGUGAUCUGAGUAGUUACCUGCUGUCCUAUUAUGCACACAUCAUAUCUGUAUCCUUUGCUAUACUUCUCCUGUUUCUCUAUAGUCCUCACCUGUUCUCUGUAUCGAGACAGAUAGUUGGUUGAGUUUUGCUGAAAGCAGUCAAAUGAUUUUUUUUUAGCAGCCUGUUUUUUUUUUUGUUUGUUUGUUUGUUUUUUUGUUUUUUUGUUUUUUGGGCAAAAAAUAGGUCUUGUUGGAAUUGGAAUAUUUCCAUUCAUUAUUUUCCAUGUACAGUGGAAUGAUUUGAUUUUUAAUCUAAACCUCACCUAUUGACAAUUUUUACUCCAAGUCAUCAGUUGUCCAGGGCACACUUUAGUGUCCAGCUCUUACAGAAGACUUUUUUUUUCUUUUUUUUUUUUUGUACAGACUUUACAAUCAUCAACCACCGACUGCACAUUUUUCUCUUAAUUUCCUGUUUGAACACAGCUCAUGUCACCACACCUGUUUAACUGAAUGAUGAUCAUGGUCUCUCAGUCACCUGCUGCAUCCACUGUAAUGAGGAUCGACAGAUGAAGAUGGUUCCCCAGACACAGAUGUAACCCUGUAGGCCAGCACUUAUUUCAUACCUACAGCAAAUAUAGAUUGGGCUGUUUUAAAAUCCUGACUGCUGUCCAGUGAUUUAUCCUUGGUGUCUGAAUGGUCUCAGAGACUCUGCGGACUGGCCCAGGCCCUUGAACCCAGCAUGGUUACAACACACUGUACCUGUCAUAACAGCCCACCAUCAAACCACCAUCUUAAUUGGUUUCUCUAAUUGGCCACUAGAGGGAGCUCCAAGGAUCAGACUGACUAAAUGUAAGAAUUUCUGCUGGACCAAGAAAAUAUUUCAGUUUCCUCUGCCUAACAUUUAUCAUCAGGCUUAUUCUGUGUCUGUGAACCUGACUUUAACAUCUGUAAGAAGCAUCUUUACUCACUGCCUGUAUUUUCACGAUCUGUCAACAGACAAGAGAGUGGGUGUUCCUCACCUGGUCUGAUAAAACAAGUGUGUGGCUUGCUUUGGAGAGCUAUGAACUCCCCCCCCCGUGCCCACCCCCCACCCUGCAAUCAUCAGCUUUAGCUAGCAGCACCGAGGCAGACAAUUUGUGCAAUGUUAUUAAUUUAAAUCCCAACUGUUUUUGAGGCUGUGGCUUGAUUUGAGCUUGAUUUAGAAAAGAUUUAUAUUUUAUACUUGUUUGAGGACAAAAUUCAAUAAAUUUUGAUCAAAAGA